GGUAUUGUAUGCAACAUUUUUGUGUAUAUAACGUAUUGUAAAGUGAACCUGCAUCUGUUUCAUUAAUUAUCGUUUCGAUCAUUUAUCCAAAAAUAACAGAUCACAAUGGACAAAGAAGAAAUAUGCCAAUAUUUCAACAGUAUUAUAAAAAAUGAGAAAGACGUUUCUGCUGGAAUGGCUGCCAUUCGCACCUUAUUGAAAGUAUUGAAACAUUCUAAAUCAGAGACAGUUCAGGAGCUUCGGAUCUGCUUACAGCAUGCAAUUGACGCUAUGCGCGCCACAGAAACUCCGGUCACCGCAAUUGCCUCAGGAAGUGAAUUGUUUCUCCGUUUUAUCACGUUAGCGACAUUGGAUACACCCUCUAUCGCAGAAUGUAAAGGAAUUAUGCUGGAAAGAGGAAAAGUAUUUUAUGAAAAAUUAGUUGCAGCUCGAGGAAAAGUAGCUAAGGUUGCAGCACACUUUAUUACUGAUGGCUCGACUAUACUCACGCAUUCAAAAUCAAGAGUAGUGCUGCAAGCAAUGAAGGAAGCUGCGGCAAGUAAUAAAAUAUUUGAAGUAUAUGUCACAUCAACAUCACCUGAUAAUAAUGGAGAAGAGAUGUGCCAGAGUUUAACAAAGUUGGGAAUAUCAUGUACAGUGAUACUAGAUUCUGCAGUGGGAUACGUAAUGGAACAUGUAGAUAUGGUGAUGGUUGGAGCAGAAGGCGUUGCGGAAAGCGGUGGUGUGAUUAAUAAGAUAGGCACAUAUACUAUGGCUAUAUGCGCUAAAGAGGUGAAGAAACCAUUUUAUGUAUUGACAGAAAGCUUUAAAUUUUCCAGAAUCUAUCCUUUGAAUCAAGUAGAUUUACCUAAUGAAUUUAAGUAUACAUACAGUGUACUUUUAAGCAAGAAUUUGAAAAAGGAGCAUCCCUUGGUAGAUUAUACUCCACCUCACUACAUCAGUCUGUUGUUUACGGACUUGGGAAUACUAACACCAUCAGCUGUUAGUGAUGAACUCAUAAAAUUAUACUUAUAAUUUGGAGAAUUUUCUGAGUGAUGAGUUUUCUAAAUUUUACGAGUCACGAUAUAAUGUAAGAACAAUAUAAUAGUUA